AUGUCUUCCUCCGACACCGACGAAUUUGAGGUGAUUGAUCAGCUAGAAGGUAGCCUCUCAACAGAAGAGCUUGCAAAAGUCCAAGUAUGGCUUCAGCCUACCGAUUACGAAGCUCAAUCGAAUGAAUUUCAUCGCCAUUUGAGCUCACAAGCUCCUGGAACUGGUCUUUGGAUUUGUGAGACUUCAAAAUACCAGCAGUGGCAGAGUGCAACGGACCAUGGAAGCCUAUGGAUUAAAGGAGCCCCGGGAGCUGGGAAAUCGGUCAUCGCAGCUUCAAUGAUAGAGAAUUUGCAAAAUAAUGAUAGUACUCCGGUCCUGUACUUCUUUUUUCGAUACAUCAUUUCCGCAAAUAGGCGUCCUCGCAGUCUCAUUCGGGAUUUUCUCGCGCAGCUACUUCCCUUCAGUGCUUGCCUUCAGGCUACGCUCCAACCCUUGGUGGGAACUGAUCUGGAAAACUUUUCGGACGAGAUAUUAUGGGAACAUUUGUUAACCGGUCUCUCUUCCACCAAAAAGGCUUAUUGCGUUAUUGAUGCCUUGGAUGAGAUGGAACUGCUACCGAACGAUCACUUCCUAGAUCGACUGAACAAAUUAGCAGCCUUUCGACCAAAUGUAAAGCUUCUGAUGACUAGCAGACCUAAGCAGCACCUUCAAAGCAGCUUGAGGGAUACUUCGAUUGUACACAUCAGCCUUGAAAAUGACCUAGUUGGGAGAGACAUUGGCCUCUUCGUAUCAUACCGUCUGAAAAGCGUUCUUCCAGGAGAUCACCAGCAAAAUUUGAGACAGUCUUUGGCAUUCAAGACAUCUGAACGAUCCCGUGGACUCUUCCUUUAUGCACGACUUCUGUUAGACCAGAUCAUACCAAGCCUCGAACCAACAGAAUUAGACAUCGAAAGAUUGAUGAAGACUAUCCCGAUAGGUUUGGAGGAAAUGUACAACAGCAUGCUAGCUCAACAAGCGGAAGCUCUCAAGAUUGAUAUUCGAAUCCAGGUCUUUCUUCUCGAAUUAGCAACACACUCAUCUAGAGCCCUGCGAUUGAACGAAAUGGCCAAUGCACUGGCUUCCGCUUUUCCAUCUUCGAUGAUUCCAAACUCUCCAAAAUUCGUGACGAGAUUAGCAUGUGCACCACUUCUUGAAAUAUCUGAAGAUGAAACGGUUCAGGUCAUCCACCAUUCAUUUACAGAAUUCCUGCUGAACAAGGAACGAGUCGACAUGGGCCAUGCUUCACAAUUCCCCGUACUCAACCCCGACGAAGUUCAUAAAAAGCUGACGAUCAGUUGCUUGGAUUAUUUGACAUCAGGUGUUCUCAGAGUGGAAAAGUCUAUUGAACAACACAAAAAGGACGAUAAUUCUACCGAUGACAAUAACGAUAAAGAAAACGAUCAGUAUGAUUACCAAGAGGCAAAGCUACGCCAUCCAUUUCUAGAAUACGCAGUUAGAAACUGGGCAUACCAUGCUAGCAAGUACGAUUUCGAGGAUGAAGAAUUCUUCCAGUCCGUUGCAGGCUUUCUAGACCCCAGCAGCCCCGACUUCAGGAAGUGGUUAGAGCUCGAGUGGUGGAGAAAAGAGCCCCGGCGGUGGGGGGAAAAUCGAAAAUCGAAAGAUCAAAUACCCUAUGUUCAAGCACCAACCCCUCUCCAUAUCGCCGCAUUCGCUGGUCUCACGAAACAUGCCAAGAAGUUGAUUGUAGGUCAAGAUCAAGCGGAUUCUCGUGAUUCUGAAGAUCGAACUCCAUUGCACUGGGCCUGUGCCAGAGGCCAUACUGUAAUGGCCUCCAUUCUGCUGGAAAAUGGCGCAGCCGCUAAUGCAGAAGACUGUCGAGGCGUAAAGCCUAUCCACGAAGCAGCAAGGAAAAAUCACUCAAGUAUUGUGAGACUUUUACUUGAGGCAGGAGUUAAUCCUCUUACUCCGAAGACACGCGAAGAUACGAAACGGUUUUUGAUGUGCGGCGAAAUCUCGACCAAAGGAGAGACUGCCGUCGAAUAUGCUUGGCUUCAAGGUCACACGGACACGAUCAUGGAAAUGCUACCGUUCAUCACCCCAGAAACGUUAGGAGAACUGUUCUGCCAGUGUUGUCGAUACGGCAAAUUCGAAGCCGUGCGAGCUAUCCUUGAGGCUUCCGGCGUGUCGCCCAACACAGAAUGGAAUGGUGCCAGUGCUCUUUAUCUUGCAUGCCGAGCCCAAAAUGUUGCUGUCAUUGAGUUACUGCUUGCAAAAGGAGCGGAUGUUCAUCGAACGUCGGAGUGGCUGGUGCCAAAUAGAAACGCCUGCGGUCAUGGCGCGAUAAAGGAGCCAUUGCGAACACCUAUCCAUGCUACCGUUAUCGGUUGGAAAAUUGCUAACCAUAUUGCUUGUCAACAAAUCUUGCGUUUGUUACUGAAUGCAGGCGCGGGCCUUGAAGUCAAAGACGCCAAUGAAGAAACACCCUUACUUAGCCUCUUCAACGAUCAAAACGCUGCUGACGAUAUUGUUGCCAGGGGCCUUCUACAGGCAGGAGCUGAUGUACUAGCCGUUGACAGGAACGGCGAUUCUAUUGUCCACCGCUACCUUCUUAACGGCUCAAAAAAUAUCCAAACCUUGAAGCUUUUCUUCGAAUACGGAGCUCGCAUCGAUAGCCUUGGACAAGGUGGGCAAACUAUCAUACAUAGAGCCUUACAAAGCUCUUAUGGUGAUCAGUCUUUUGAAUUCACGGCCGCCAGUAUUGAUUUCCUCCUGGAAAAGGGUGCUCGUUGCGACAUAAAAGACGAAUACGGGUGCACUACAGUGGAAUCCGCAGCUACAAACUCAGACUGUCCCUUAGAGACCUUCACAAUUCUGCUUCAAGCUUGCUUUGAUGCAGAUGUGCUCAAACGUUGUAUGUGGAAGUUGAGCUCGAGAAGGAACCAGGAGGAAACGGUCAAAUUUAUUCGUGCCCUACAGAAGUUGGGUGUAUCUUUGGAAGACCGUGACGAUAGUGGUGGAACUGCCUUGCUUGCUAGCGUAGGAUCCGUGGACCUAUUUGAUGCUUUCAUUGAAUGUGGUGCGGAUCUAAAUGCCGUUGACUCAACAGGCAAAGGAGUGCUGCAUCACUAUCUAGCUCAUGUUGCUCGCCACCGAGGUCGUCUUGAUAACUAUGCUUUCCCUCAGAGGUUUGUAGAUAUGAUAAAUAUGGGAUUGGAUCCAUUGAAGGUUGACCAUGAGGGGAAUAAUCUCCUCCACCUGCACUCGAAACACUAUGCGGGUGAAGAAACUGACAAUGUGUUUGUCCAGAAAUUCUUGGACUAUGGCAUUUCAGUCAAUUCAAGAAACAACCAGGGCAUGACUCCACUUCACGUCUAUCUUGAAAAUUGGGAUUUCCAUGCUACCAAAAGUGUUUACAGAAAUCACAUUCACGAGCGUUUUGACGAGCGUUUUGAAAUACCAUUGCUUAAGCUCUUCCGAAGAAGCCAAGACAUUUUCGAUAUCAAUUCCCAAGAUGUUGAUGGUCUGACAAUAUUUCAUCUCACUGCGCUACGUUCUCAUGCUCGUGUGUUUUACUUGCUCGAGGAAGGUGCAGAUCCUAGUCUCUUGACAAAAAAGGGUAGGAGUGCUCUCCACUUGGCUUGUCGAGCACGCCAAAGUAAUAUUGUUGAAUAUCUCUGUCAAAUAGGCCAAUCAUUGAUCAAUCAGCGGGAUUUAUACGGAAGAACCCCGCUUCAUGAUGCCUGUACAUCAGGUAUUCCUGAAUCAGUUCGUCAUCUUCUCGAAGCCGGCGCAGACACCGCCGUCCUCGACAACAACAAGAGGACCCCUCUUCAUUCUUGCGCGGAAUUCUCCGACGAGCAAAGGAUAUGGGCGCUACUGCAUCGUCGGAACGAAGUAUCUGGCCAUUUAUUUCAAGAUAGAUUCCGACCGGUGCCUUCAAAGUCAUACGAACAUCCGUGUUAUACACCAUCUGUUAGAGCUACAUCAGAGUUACAUCACGAGGACAACCCCAGUAUUGGCCUCACUAUCAGAUCUCUUCUUUUGGCCGGGAGUGAUGCCGCAGCCACUGACUCAAACUCUCGAACACCGCUUGACCUCGCGAUUGAAUAUGAUUGUCAAGAGAUGGUACAGGCCUUGCAAUUUUCAAUCGACCUUGUUCGGAAGAAUUGGUCCAUAGAUGCCAAAGACCAAACGCUUGAAACGGUUAUAAUGCUGAAGGAUCCAUACUUGUCCACGAAGAGGCUUUCAGAAUUCUCACUCGAACAGAUAAUCCAUGACCCGUCGACCUAUCUCCCUUAUCUUACCUUGAACGAUCUUGAGUGGAUCUCAAAGAAUGGGGGCAGCAUUACAGGAAGAGACGAAAUGAAGCCUACCCCUUCCUCUAGAAAAUCUUUAAUGUAUAUCGCUGCAUCGAAAGGUUUCACGCAUUUGAUAAGGAGCUUCGGCCAACUAGCUCGCGCCAACGAUGACCCCGAGAUUGUUCUAGCACAAAUUAUGGAGCUAUUCAGCGAUCCCGAACACUACCCAGAGAUAAAAUAUCUGCCCCCUACACUUCACAUAGCAUGUACCAGAGAGCUUUCAAACUUAGACAUGAUCGAAGUUCUGGUCGAUACUUGCGGUGUCGAUGUCAAUGCGCGUGCCAUAGUCCAACCAACACGACGAGUGAAAGUAAAAGAAGUGAAAGAUUUGAUCCGAGGAGGAACUGCUCUGCAUAUCCUUGCAAAGGCAAACAAUUGGUGGCAGCUCAAGGCAGUCAAGUAUCUUAUUCAGAAGGGAGCCAAGAUUGAUUCGAUAAAUGAGAAAGGCGAGACUCCGCUUCAAGUAGCCUGCACAGGGCCAAGUUUUCCAGAUAUGAAUUGCACACCAUGCACGUACGGGUUCUGGAGGAUCGACUGCGUCCAAUUACUUCUCGAUCAAGGAGCCAACAUCCACCAUCUCGACAACGACGGUCUAUCUUGUCUUCACAAAGCCUGCUCCUCCCCUCAAAUCCUAAGACUCCUGUUGGAAAAUGGCGCGGACCUCACUGCCGGAAAAAUCUCACCCGUUUUCCCCGCAAUCCAAAUUCAAUGUCUCGAGGCACUCAAUAUUCUGCUUGAUGCUGGCGUUAGCCCUAAUGUUAGGGAUAAUAACAAGGACCAUGAUGGGUUUUCAGUCGAUUACAAGGCAAAAAGAAACCCACAUUGGCUACUUUACUGCGCAUCUUUUGCCAACCUACGCAACCAAAAGGCUGAAAACUCCGUGCCGAUGGUGAAACUACUCAUCGAUCGAGGAGCAGACCUCUACGCACCCCUCAAUGACAAGGAGACUCUUGUACACUAUGCCUUCGAGCACGCUGAAUACGAAAUUCUAAGCGCUUUCCUAGACUGUAAGUCUAAGAUCGACUUCAACAGCCGAGAUCACCAGGGACGUACCAUCUUCCUCGCCGCGUGUGAAUGGAGAGAAGUUCUCCCAGGUUAUAAACACCGACAUUGGGAGGCCAAAGCGACCGCUCCCUUCCUAAGGAUUCUCGAGUUUGGCGUCGAUCCGUUGGCAGUUGAUAACAGGGGUCGAAAUGCCCUACACUGCCUCCUCGAUAACCCUGAAAUGGAAGAUGAGGCAAUAGUCCAAUUCCUUGGCCAUGAUGUGGCGAAAACCUUAUUUCAUCAAAAAGAUGAAAAAGGUUUCGCGCCCUUUGAUUGCGCUUUACGCCUACUGCGCCCUGCAGUGGUCGAAGUCCUCCUCACCAUGGGUGCAGACCUCUUGAGCCCCGACCCAACCGGCGCAACAGCUCUCCACCACAUAGCAGCACAGUGUCUGCAUAGUAGAAGAAAGCUGAAUAGGCGUACUUGGGGCAAUGAGUAUACGGCUGAUUAUUAUACCGAUCUCCUCGCGUUAUGGAAGAAAUUUCUUGCCCUUGGAGGCUCUAUUAACAUCCGGGACAGCAAAGGCUCGCCCCCACUCUUUUACUAUCUCUCUGCUAGUCAAAGAGACGACUAUAAGGCUCCUGAAAAUAGUUGUUGUCAUGUCGAGAACUUUGCUAUCUAUUUCUCGGAAGGAGUUGCUGAAGACCUUGACAUUUUUGCGAAAAACAAUGAUGGAGAAAAUGUAUUGCACAUUAUUGCAAGGCGAGAGAAAAACAUGGCUACGAAACCGACGCACGACAAACCUUUGUUUGAGCUCUUUGUGAGCAAGGGACUCAAUCCGCUUGAGGAAGAUGAGAAAGGGAGAAGUAGUCUAGAUGUUGCUGCUGCUUGUGAUCAAAAGAGGAUUUUGGAGCUGUUUCAUACUAUCGACUACGAAUGUGGAGUGCGGUCUGGAGUGGCUUCUGGAGAUGAUCCGGUUCAAAUGCACUUACUCCGUACAUGGCACGGCUUCUGCUACAAUGGCGUUGUUCCACAUACUCAAUUCAUGCACCAAUUAAGUCUCAAUUUACCUACACUUGCCUUGCUCGCAUAA